CGCGGCAGUAAACAUGGCGAACGGCUAACAGAGUCAAGCUCAGAGUCCCUGAAGUCUUUGGAUUUACCUUUCAGAGCUGUCACGGAACAUUUCUCGGUGCCGUUGGCAGCCAGCGGAGUGUGUGUCGGGCGUUCAGCUCGACAGGUUUUACCUGAAUCAAAGGGUGAAGGAGACAAACCUGCAAGAUGGGGCGACGUUCAACCUCCUCCACCAAGAGUGGGAAGUUCAUGAAUCCCACCGACCAGGCCAGGAAGGAGGCCAGGAAGAGGGAGCUGAAAAAGAACAAGAAGCAGAGGAUGAUGGUGAGAGCGGCGGUGCUGAAGAUGAAGGAUCCCCGGCAGAUCAUCAGAGACAUGGAGAAGCUGGAUGAGAUGGAGUUCAACCCGGUCCAGCAGCCCCUGCUGAAUGAGAAAGUGCUGAGGGACAAGAGGAAGAAGCUUCGGGAAACCUUCGAACGUAUCGUCCGUCUGUACGAGAGAGAGAACCCCGACACCUACAAGGAGCUGCGUAAGCUGGAGCUGGACUACGAGACCAAACGGGGACAGCUGGCGCUCUAUUUCGACUCGGUCAAGAAUGCAGAGUCCGUGGAGGUCGACAGCAUCCCAUUGCCAGAUAUGCCUCACGCCCCCUCGAACAUCCACAUCCAGGACAUCCCACUACCAGGAGCUCAGCCUCCCUCCAUCCUGAAGAAGAGCUCUGCUUUCAGUAAAGGACCUCUGUCGUCAUCCACCGGGCCAGCUCUGGUGACCGUGCCUGGUGUGCCACGUCUACCUCCAGGGAGGAAACCUCCAGGUCCCCCACCUGGACCUCCACCUCCACAGGUCCUGGCCCUGUACGGCAUCCCCUCUCGACGAACUUACGGCACAGACAUCGAACCCUCCAUCCCUGGGCUCGAAAAGGACUCUGUCAUGGACUUGGGAAGAGAUCGGGACAGCGGCAGUGACAGCGAACGGGAUCGGGAUGACGAGGACGACGAGAGCGAGUCUGAGGAGGACAGCGAAGACGAGAGAGAGGAGAGGGACGACAUCGAACAGAGGAUGAGUGUGGACCGGCUGGAGGACCUGAGGGACAGAGAGGAGGACAGAAAUGACAGACAUGCUGGUCGCAGCGUUCGUUUCGCAGACAUUCCUCCUGAAGCUCCUCGUGAAGGAAAGAGGAAGAAGAAGAGGAUGGUGAAGAGGACCAAGGCCAUCACUCCUCUACAGGCCAUGAUGUUGAGGAUGGCAGGUCAGUCUGUCCCUGAAGAGGAGGAGGAAGAGGAGGUAGAGGAGGAGUACACGGACGACUCAGACACAUCAGACAUCGAAGACAGGGGACCCCCAGGAGAGAACCAGCCCCACCUCAUGGCCAAUCAGCGUCUACCCCCGCCGUCCGGGCCAGUGGGUCAGCAAGCGCCUCCACACCUGCAAGGUCCACCUAUGACCGGGCCCCCGCCACUGGGUCCACCCCCGGCUCCUCCUAUGAGGCCUCCUGGUCCUCCCUCAGGUCCGCCUCCUGGUCCCCCACCAGGCGCUCCUCCGUUCCUGAGACCUCCUGGUAUGCCUGGAGGCUUGAGGGCUCCGAUGCCUCGUCUUCUACCUCCUGGACCUCCACCUGGUCGCCCCCCUGGCCCUCCACCAGGCCCCCCUCCUGGCCUGCCGCCUGGCCCCCCACCACGAGGACCCCCUCCCAGACUCCCACCCCCGGCUCCACCAGGUAUCCCUCCUCCUCCACCGAGAACAGGAGCGCCCCCGCGUCCCAUGGCUCCCCCGCUCUCCCUCUUCCCUCCGCCGCUCAACUCCAACGUGCUCAGCGCUCCUCCAAGCAUCGUCCAGCGACAGAAGGGCUCAGGACCCAGCCAGGACGGUCCUCAGGGCAACAUGCCCCCCCCUGCUCUGCCCAUGCCCAUGAGACCUGGUGUCAUGCAGAUGCCUCCUCCUCCUGGGACCGCUGCAGCCGCCUCCGGCCCCAACCAGGGAGGCAACCCCCACCACGCCGCCACCAUCGAGAAGAGAGCAAACAUCACCUCAGUGGCGGCGGCUGGAGGCGGCCUCGCUGCAGGUCCCGGCUCCGGCGGGGCCACCAUUUCCGCCAAACCUCAGAUCAUCAAUACGAAGGCGGAGGUCACCCGGUUCGUUCCCACGGCGCUUAGAGUGCGCAGGGACAAGGGCGGAGGGAUGCCCGGGCCCGCUCUGGGGCCCGUGGAGAAAUCAGGCGGAGGACGGAGGGGCGGCGACGACGGCAUGGGAGGGGGAGCGGCGCAGAAACUGCACGCAGCAGGCGGUCUCAUGGGGCUGAUCAACCCGGCUCAGAUGGGCGCCGUGUCUCAGAGCAACGUGAAGACGAAGGACCAGGUGUAUGAAGCCUUCAUGAGGGAGAUGGAGGGACUCCUCUGAGACUCAGGACGGGACUGGGGGGGGGGGUGUUUUGUGCAGCACUCUGGACUGAAGGAGCGGCCAUGUUUUAGGUGCAGAGUCAUAGAGGAAGCUGUCUUCAAGGCUGACAGCUAGACCCGAUCCUUUUUAGUCCACCAGGUUUCUGUUCUUUUACUGAUCUGCACUUUGAUUUGCUGUUUCUCAGUGAAGGUGAAUUUCAUGUGCACAAAGAUCGGAUACUUCAUCAGAACGUUGGAACAGGAAGCAGCUGACCCUCGUCAGAACAUCACUAACAUGUUCACUCAUGGUUUCACCUCCAGCUCUGUUUUUUUAUGAUUUUAUGACUGUUUAGUUUUUCUCUACCCAACAUGUCGGUCUUCAAAAUAAAUGUCUGUAUUGAACGGAGACUGAAGGUGUGUGAUCUGCAGCUAAAUAAACACUUUUGACAUUAACUUUA